CUCGGCGGUCGGGGCGGGAGCGCCGCGGCACCGCCGGAGGUGGGGUCCCGGGGCUGCUGCGGCCCCGGCGCCGCCUCCUCCGUCCCAGCCCGGUCCCGCCGGUCUCUCCGCUCCCUCCCGGCCGGCUUCGGCCGGGGCUCGGCGGCUGCCAUUGGCUUAGCGGCCCCAUCCGGGCACUCGGCGCGGCGCCGUCGCUCGGCCCGAUCGUCCCAAUAUGGCGGAGGCUUCCUUUGGGAGUUCGAGCCCAGUUGGCUCUUUAUCAUCUGAAGAUCAUGACUUUGACCCUUCUGCUGAAAUGCUGGUACAUGAUUAUGAUGAUGAACGAACUCUUGAAGAAGAGGAAAUGAUGGAAGAAAGUAAAAAUUUCGGUUCUGAAAUUGAAGAUUUAGAAAAGGAAGGAAACAUGCCGUUGGAAGAUUUGCUGGCAUUUUAUGGCUAUGAACCGACAAUUCCAGUUAUGGCAGGUUCCAAUGCGGAUAGCUCUCCGAGUGAACUUGCAGAUGAACUUCCAGAUAUGACUCUAGAUAAAGAAGAAAUAGCUAAAGACCUCUUGUCGGGUGAUGAUGAAGAAACACAGUCCUCUGCUGAUGACUUGACACCAUCGGUUACUUCCCAUGAGGCUACUGACUUCUUUCCUCGGCCACUGCGAUCAAACACUACAUGUGAUGGAGAUAAAGAAUCAGAUGGUGAAGAUGUAGAAGCAGACAAUGGUAACUCAUCUGAAGAUCUGAGAAAGGAAAUAAUGGUUGGUUCACAGUAUCAGGCUGAAAUUCCACCUUACCUUGGCAGACACAGUGAUAAUGAGAAAGCAGCGUAUGAAAAUGAAGACCAUUUACUUUGGAAACCUGAUGUGAUCUCAGAAAGCAAAGUUAAAGAAUACCUUUUUGAAACCUCCGUAAGAACAGGAAAUGAAAAAUUAAUUGGCAGAAUUCCUGAAGGACUACAUACACGGGACAACGAACAAGCAUUGUAUGAACUUCUCAAGAGUAGCCAUAAUGUUAAGGAAGCAAUUGAGAGAUACUGCUCGAAUGGAAAGGCAUCCCAAGAAGAGAUGACAGCAUGGACAGAAGAAGAAUGCAGAAGUUUUGAACAUGCACUUCUGAUUUAUGGUAAAGACUUUCAUCUCAUCCAAAAGAACAAGGUAAGAACCAGAACGGUUGCUGAGUGUGUGGCUUUCUAUUACAUGUGGAAAAAGUCGGAACGUUACGAUUACUUUGCUCAGCAAACAAGAUUUGGAAAGAAGAGAUAUAACCAUCAUCCGGGAGUUACAGAUUACAUGGAUCGUUUGGUAGAUGAAGCAGAAGCCCUGGGUGGAGCAGUGCAUUCUUCAGCCCUAACAUCUAAUAGUCGAACAGAAACCAUUCCUGAUCAGCAGCUAAGCAUUCUGAACUCCAUCACUGCCAAUGAGCUGACAGCAUUGACAAAUAGUGUAGCAACAGUCUGCCACACUUCAGAUGUGAACUGCCUGGAUGAUGCUUUUCCUUCUAUGGACAGCUUACCUCGAGCACCAGUUAAUCACGUGCCUGUUGGAACAGAAGAACUGCUUAACUUGCCAAGCAAUGGUGAAAGCGAUUGUUUUAAUUUAUUUGAGACUGGCUUUUAUCAUUCAGAGCUAAACCCAAUGAACAUGUGCAGUGAAGAGACAGAGAGACCUGCGAAGAGAUUGAAAAUGGGACUUGCUGUCCCAGAUUCUUUCAUGAAUGAUGUCUCUGUAAAUAACCUUGGUGUGGACUUUGAAAACCACACACAUCAUAUUACCAGUGCCAAAAUGGCUGUUUCAGUGGCUGACUUCAGCAGUCUAUCUUCAAACGAGACAAAUGGUUUUAUCAACACCCACACUCUUCACCAACACACUGCCCUUCAUUCAGAGUGACUGUGAAACAAACAGUGGGUACAUUAUGCAGUAGUAGUAAACUUGAUGGGAGCUAUCAGGUUUGCUUAGUCUUUCACUGGAAGUUUGAACUUUAUGACAUCAGUGAUGUCUUUGUAUGUAUAGAACUAUAUCUUGAUUUAUCAAGAGUAAUUUCUUUUUUCAGUCCAUAAAUGUGGAAAUGUUGUAUGAUAUUUGGCAGAGUUUGGGACUAAGAGAACUCUGUGGUGCAGCUUUAAGCUCUGCUUCAAUUUUAUUUUAUUAUUAUUUUUUUUUAAGCCUGUAGACAGAGGCCACCAAUUCAAAACCAGCACAGAAGUUCUGAACUGAUUGGAGUGGCUUUUUAGCCUAAGUUACUUUUGCUGUAACAAAUACAGUGGAAUAACAAUGUUUACAGGUACCUAUCCUGAUCCCUGUGCAAUGUAGCAUUUUUUUUCUUAUAAAGGCAGGGAUAGGCUUCUUUAAUUUAAACUGCACAAACACACAAGGAUGUUUUUUAAAUGGAACCUUCUCUCAUGUGAUACUAAACUAGAGCACUUCAGUUUACAAAGCAGCAAGUUCAUCUUGGUGGAAGCUAGCACAAGGAACUUACCAUUAGUAAAGUAUGAAGACCUACACUUGGAUGCUGUUGCAAAAUUACAGGCCAUGGCUACCAUACACAAGUAAUUAUACUGCCAGGAGUGUCUGUGUACUUUAAACUUACUGGCUUAAACAGAGAAUGUGUUUUAGGCUGUUGUUUUCUGGUGUGUUUUGUCCACAACUUUGAAGAAUAGUGUAAUUGUAUAACUUUCCUGAGGCAGCUGAUGUUGCAUAAUGCUACAGUCUGCACAGCUUAGGAUUUACCACUGAGCAGUCUGUUUUGGAAGACAAACUAUUUGGAGCACUGCAGUUCAAAGUGUUAGAGGAACUGUCUAGUUUGUGUAGAAGUAUUAGAACCUUGAAGUGUAUAUUUAAAAGCCUUUCUUUAGUGUGGAUUUCAUUUGUUUGUUUUGGCAAGGUCAUGGGCUGAAAAAAGGCACUUUUCUACUCUGGUUAAAUAGGAAAGGAUGAGGAAAAAGCAGCUGUUUUACUUCAGUAAUUUUUUGUUUUCAUCAUGGAGUGUGAUUCACCAUCCAGAAAGUUUAUCUUGCAGCAGCUUGUUCUAAUUCUUGAGGUGGAGUUGAACCAAACCAAGUAAGAUAUUUGUAGCAUAAAAAACAUGAAGUUUUAAUGAAGCUCAGAACCUUAUUUCAGUAAGAUGGCCGUUUUUCCUCGUUACAAAUUUAAUUGCCACUAACUUGUUUUCAUUAUUCAAGUGGUUAAGUUUGCCUUGUUGAUAUUUGUAAUAGUUGCUUCAAGGUCACACUGAGUAACUAGAAAAUAGUGACUUUAAUAUUUGAAAGGGAAGAGGGUAUUUAUUAUGCAUACUGUGAACUGCAUUGACAUCCGGAGUUUUGGAUGCAGAGCAUGGAGUUCUCUUUACAGCAUUGUAAUGAAGAUUGCUUUGAAGUGUUUACACAAUAGCACAUUUACCAUAUUAAAAACAAAUUAGUUUAGCACAGUGGACAAAAGUAUAGAAAAUGUUGUAAUCCGUUUUUAACUGACACAUCUGGAGUAUGUAAUUCUGGUGAGUACACAGUAACUAAUAGGUAGCCCGGGCCCUGUGUUGUACUCUGACA